AUGCGUCUGAAAGCUAUCGAUGAUGCCGGCCCAGGAGCAGAUGUUCCUGUCACAAUUUUCUCUCUUGGGACGAAACGAAAAUUCAUGGCCACACCUAACGCCUAUCCUGACCUGGUGCGUCUAGUGAGGCGGAAGUUCAAUAUACCAGAUGAUUGUGUGCCGAUAUUUCGGUCGCGCGCACCGACCAGCAAUCGCUCAGAAGAACGUUUUGAAAUUGACGAUUCUGCGUACGAGCACAUGAAAGACUACAUUGAUGAACUGGAAAUCGUUAUCGAGGUAGGUGCUGUAUCUCGAGCUAGAGAAGAGACAAGUCUGGAACAUGGCGGCGAUGUCAAAGGGAAGAUGAAAGCCAAAGACACCCCGGUAGUAUCUCCUUCCUCCAGUCGCGAAACUAUCAAACCCAAAUCCACAUCAUUCAAUGGGCCCCCAACCACUAUAGACUCCUCACGGCCACUAUCUACAUCGUCUUCCUCUGGGAAACCAAAAUCUAUUCCUGUGCCUCCUAGUCCAAGUACCCGAACUGAUCCUCAUGACCUUUUCAAUGAUGAUAUGCCUGUUGAGUACGCCUCACCCAAGAAAAAGAAAACUACGAAGCCACAGGAGACUCCAAACACCAUUUUACGACAUGUUCAUAAUGUUGAUGCUGAUGAAGAUGAAGUACCGGCUACCCCUCAGCCUGCAGGUUCGAAAUCGAAGUCUGCCCACUCCAACUCCAAGGGUAGCUCUAGCGAAUGGGAAGAACUUGCUCUUCAAUCAAAAAGUUCACAGGAAGAGGGAAACACUUUGGGUGAAUCCUCUAAAGGGCAAAAAUUGAGUCACAAAGGUGCCGCAUCGAAAAUUGAUGGGGAGAUAUCUGCUACUGUGAAGAAGGAGAAAUUAGCUAAACCGUCAAAUUCUACUGCACCCGCAAAAGAUACUAGAUUGCUUGCUAGAAUUGACGCUAUAACAGAUAGCCAGCCUCCCAUAAUAUUGACCCAGGAUACCAACGCUUCUGCCCAGAGUCAAAACCAAUCGCAAACUCAAACCCAGACUUCAACAUCUGCCGAACCCGAACCGCGUUUCAAAAUCAGAAUUUGGGGUCCUCGUGAUCAGAAUGGUGAGUUUAUGACCAAGAAGAAACACACUGUUCGCAAAGUACUUGCUGGAGCAUGCAAGAACUUUGGUCUCGACCCUAUUCAAGCAAAACUCCAACUGGUAGUCGAGCUUCCUGAUGAAUUCACUGGUGAGAUGGUGUCGCAUCACUAUGAUUGCGACAAUGAGGACACUGUAGGCAAGGCAGGUAUAGGUCCUGAAUCGACGUUGAAAGUUUGUGUGUUAGGAGACGAGGAGGAGGAAGACUACGAAGAAGGGGGUAGUUAUUGA